UGAUGUCAGUUUCUUCCUAAAAACCGACUAUAAGAGGGUGUGCUAUUUUUUAAUCCUCAGAAGUAAAUCUGUUAGAAUGAGAGAUUUAUUAAUACUGGUCAUUGCCGUUUUGGCAGUGACAGGAAACGCUUUUGCCGAAAUAUACGAAAUUCCAACAAAAUGUCCAGAAUCUUCAGGCAAAACCGUACUGCUCGCUCACAAACACGAUUGUACCAAGUUUUACGAGUGUUCCAAUGGGCAGAAACAACUCUCAAAUUGCCCAGAAUUUGCCCCGGGACAGAAGCUACAUUUCGACCCUGAACUUCGAAAUUGUACUUUCCCAUGGGAGGCAAAUUGCGCGUCAAGAGCCCCGGAUUGUUCAAUAGACGAAUUCAUACAACCUCAUCCCACCAACUGCAGCCUAUAUUACAAAUGCGAGAAUGGGGAAAAAGUCUUAAAAACGUGUGACGUGGAACAGCUGUUUUGUUCUGACUCACUAAAAUGCGUACACAAGGAUGCCGCCAAGUGUAAAGUUUACGAUUCAUGUCCAACAAGUAAAUUGUUGGAGGCUAUACUUCUCCCGCACCAUCGUCGAUCGCUGUAUUACGAAUGUGUCGAUGGACAAUAUGUUGUAAGACGGUGCCCAUCGGGCCAUGUAUUCGACAAUGAAGUUAGGUUAUGUGUGUCUAAAAUUCAUUGUCCUGCAACCGGUAUUAAGAGAAUUUCUCAUGAGACCGAUUGCGGUUUGUAUUACGAAUGCGUGGAUGGUGUUAAGGUAGAGAAAGUUUGCGAAGAUGGAUUGUCUUUCGACGAAACCAAGGGUAUAUGUACCUGGUCUGCGAGUAACGAGUGCUCAUCAAACUUCAAUCAAACCGACCAAAAGAACGAUUGCGAAGGCACCUGUUUGUCAAACAAUAGCCGCUGGCCGCACAAGGAAUGCGACAGGUAUUGCACGUGCGAUGGUGGAAGGGCCAAAGUUCACAACUGUCCAAGCGGUCUGUAUUACGAUAGAGUAUCAGGAACAUGUGCCUGGCCUGAAAACGCAGAAGUAAAAUCGGACUGCCCGCAUAUAACUGACUGUACCAGAGCUUCCAGGCCUGUACCCCAUAAUUGUAAUUGUAAUCUUUACUAUAAAUGCGAAGAAGGAGGCAAAUAUCUCGCAAAAUGCCCUGAUGGAUUAUAUUUUGAUUAUGUACUCGGAUACUGUGUGGAUAGAGAGCCCCAUUGUUAUCAUGAAUAUUCGACAAAUAGAAUGGUCGAUAACUGUAGAGGCUACUGUCCGGAGCAGACGCCUUCUAGUCCGAUUACCCGUUUGCAACAUACAGAUUGCAACAAAUACUGCGUAUGUUCAAUGGGGGCUCCUUAUAUCGUCAACUGCCCUCCAUGUAGUCGGUAUGACAGUCAACGGGAGGCCUGUGAUGACAGCAUUGAAUUUGACUAUACAUUGCAAGUUUGCCGUAAAUAA